GAGUGUGUGGAAUGGAAUGAGUACUGUCAGCCACUGUCAGCCCCAUCGCCUCUACAGUGCUCUACAGUGUACACUCGACGUGCAGUGUAAUCAGCGUGCUGUAAAAAUCUAAAAACUUCCGGUCUUGCAUCGCUGUCGCUGUUCAACACAGUUCAACAGCAUAUUCAGAUCGACGCCUACUCAUACAAGUUCUUUGCUACAACUGUGUGGAUAGAUUGUUGGUUUCCUGUUUUCUGCGGAUUCCUGGUGCAUCAAGGAUGAGCGAUGAUGAUCGUGAUAUUGAUAUUGAGAGUGACGAUGGCGACGAUUCGGAUUCCAGACUGAGACACUCCAACAACACUCAAUACUAUUCUCAGGCAGAAAAAAGAGCACAUCACAAUGCUUUGGAACGGAAGCGACGAGACCACAUCAAAGAUAGUUUUUCCAGUCUUAGGGACGUUGUACCAGCUUUACAAGGAGAAAAAGUAGCGAGCAGAGCGCAAAUUUUAAAGAAAGCAGCCGAAUACAUUAAUUAUAUGCGACGCAAAACUGGAGCCCAUCAGCAAGACAUCGAUGAUCUCAAGAGGCAAAAUGAUCUCCUCGAGGCUCAAAUUCGUUCAUUAGAAAAAGAAGCCAUGCUUAAUGGAUGGACUGAUUUGGUGAAACCAAUAUCUGAUGCGACAAAUAUGAACGACACUGAUUCAGACACCUCUGACAGCGAGACUGAACAAGCAAUCCAACAGCCAAAGAAACUAAAGGUGACCGGCUCGCAUCAUUGACACUUCGUACUUUUCCUUUUCUUGAUACUUUAUUUUCGUAUGUAAUAAUCGUUUCUCGAGAUAUUUGUAAGUGAUAGAAACCGCGUGUGUAUUGUGCGACCGUGCGUAAGUAGUUAGGUACUUAUUUAAGUAAAUCACUAGAGAUCAUGUCCUGUAGAAUAUUUGUAACAUAGCGACGAGUGAAACGAUAUCCGAGAGCGUACGGCGAGUAAAAAUAUCGUUAUGAAUGUCGAUAUCUUGCAGUAUGCAAUAUUUGUAUUUACAAUUUAAUACAUGUAUUAUUAAGCAACAAUAUUGUAUCAGUACAAAGAAAUUAUAUUUGUUUCGAAUUUUGAGCUGACGCAGCAAUGUUCUUUGACUUCGCACCUAAAUUUUCAACAAAAUAUAACAUUAAUUGUGAACAAAUUGGGACAAACAUAAUUACAUACAAAGUAUACGUAAUUAUGUUUAGCUAUUCUUUUAUUAUAAAUAUUAUAAAUAUUAUAAAUAAAUUCAAUAUUGUCUUACAUCUCCAAAUUCGAUGUUCGAUCUCGGAAAUCGCUUUCAGGAUCAAUUGCCACAACUGACUGUCUACUAUCAAAUUGUAAAUGUUAUCAAUUGAUCCAAUAUCAUAAUUUGAUAAUUGUUAAUGAUGAACAAUUGAUUAUCGCGGAUGUAAUACAUGCACAUCAUGUCGAUAUCUUAGUAUUAUUUAGGACUAGGCAAUAUUUGCUUAAUAAAGUUUCAUUUCUAAUGAA